UGUCGGCCAAACUUUGCAGGUUGUUUUAAUUUCCCCUUGUUCGUCUAAGGUUUCCAACCUCCCCUUUAAAGAUGUUCGCGUAUGUGACUUCAGCCAAUGAUAGGACCCUGUAUUCCCCAGAAAGAAGCCAUGAAAUUUGAGCUGCUAGUUGUUUAUAGGGCUUUUCUCCCCCCACUCACAAGCCUCAAUCUCUUCGGGCUGGUUAGCAUAUCACGUGUCAGAACCAUAACGAACUGGACACACGGGGUCAUGGUUGCGCAUGCGCUCGCGUAAUAUGUAGUUGGAAAUGAGGUGUCCGUCUUGGAGUAGUCGACUUUUAAAAAGCAUCCGCAACCCCUGAUAUGACAACUUCACUGGUUCUGCAUCCACGCUGGGCGGACACCUUGAUGUACGUUUAUGAAAAAAGCCCGAAUGAAAAUAAUCCGAAUAAAAGCCAAACAAUGGAGGGAUUGAGCGGGAAUUGCCCGGCGACCCAUUGCAGGGACCUAAUGUCGCACCCUGGGUUGGGGCGACAUUCGGGCACUAUAGCGACCCAUCAGGGCUCUAUGUACUCGGAUAUAUCUUCCCCAGACACCGGCCGACAGUGUCCUGCUCCCCAAACCUCCUCCAGUCCAUCUCUGAGUUAUGGUUAUCCGUUUGGAAACCCUUAUUACGGUUGUAGGUUAUCUCAUUCGCACAACGUGAACUUGCAGCAGAAGCCCUGCUCGUACCACCCUGCAGAGAAAUAUGGCGACCCCACCAGCACCGCUUUGCCCACCGAAGAGCUGUCUAGCAGGGCGAAAGAAUUCGCCUUCUACCCCAGUUUUGCUAGCUCAUACCAAGCGGUUCCUGGAUAUCUAGAUAUGUCAGUGGUUCCCGGGAUCAGCCACCCCGAACCCAGGCACGACGCGUUGAUUCCUAUGGAGGGCUACCAGCACUGGGCUCUGUCGAAUGGCUGGGAUGGGCAGGUGUACUGUUCCAAGGAGCAAACACAGUCCACUCAUCUUUGGAAAUCUUCAUUUCCAGACGUAGUCCCUUUGCAGCCUGAGGUCAGUAACUACCGUCGUGGACGUAAGAAGCGGGUUCCCUACACCAAGCUCCAACUGAAAGAGCUGGAGAAAGAGUACGCAGGCAGCAAGUUCAUCACCAAAGACAAGAGAAGACGCAUCUCCGCCGGGACCAACCUCUCAGAGCGCCAAGUCACAAUUUGGUUCCAGAACCGACGGGUGAAAGAGAAGAAAUUUGUCAGUAAAUCCAAGACUAGUAAUCAUAUGCAUACUACUUGAUAGAUUCCCGGCCCAUUGUACACUGCAGCUGAUAUCCAUCCCACCACCUUCCAGUCCAUGAUUUACCUCUUAGCGACAACCAAGCCAGAAGAACACUUCGGCAGUGUAUUUUAAUUCAAUUCCAAUGGUCUACACACUCCACGCUACAAACCC